AGAAGUGGGGAACUGGAAAAGUCGUUUAACCAGCUCUUGAUUUAGUUACAUCCUCCUCACCUCUGUUGAAAACUUUUAAAAUUGAAGUGAAGUUGUUGCAGCUCUUUUAAAGUAGAAAUUAACUUCCCUGGAACAUCCACAUUUCGAUCCUUUUGAAUGAUCAUUGCAAAAAAAUGGGCGAAGAAACCACUUGAGUAUGCAAUGGGAAAAUUAAAAGUGUCCUCCAGUACCCUUUGCCAGCAAAUUUUCCUUCAUUCCUUAGCCAAGAAACCCUAACACUCCACAUCCAAAGUGCUGCCUAAACCCUAGACCUGUGGCCAUUAUCGUUGAUGAGAACAAUCUCCCCUAUCUCUCACGAAACAGAACCUCAACCCACCAACUCUGUCUCAGGGAACCGAAUAAAAUUCCCCUCAAAAGUGUGAUUCCUUGCAGCAAUGGCCAACUCCUGCUUUACCAGAUACCGCAGCUUCCAUUGCAGAUCAUCAGCACCACUUCCUGCUACAAGAAAGCAUGGAACCAGAAGACGUUCCCGAACCUUAUCCAGCUGUGGCACAUCCUUUGUUUCCUCUAGUUCUUCUAUCAUAAUUCGUUCCCCCUCACCAUUAGUAUUGACUGCUCGCUUCAUUCCGUCUGAUGCUCCGCAACGCUCCGAAGAAUGGUUCUCCCUACGGAAGGAUAAGCUCACAACAAGCACCUUUAGCACGGCCUUGGGAUUCUGGAAAGGGACCCGUCGCUUUGAGCUUUGGAAGGAGAAAGUUUUUGCACCAGAAAUGCAAAUCCCGGAACCUUCCAAAAUGUGUGCCAUGGAGUGGGGUGUUCUGAAUGAAGCGGCGGCAAUAGACAGGUAUAAAAGCAUCACGGGUCGUGAAGUUAGCUUGUUGGGGUUCGCCACUCAUUCGGAGGAACGGUUUGAGUGGCUGGGUGCGUCUCCCGAUGGCCUCCUUGGUUGCUUUCUGGGAGGUGGGAUCUUGGAAGUGAAGUGCCCUUACAAUAAGGGAAAGCCUGAAGUAGCUUUGCCCUGGACAACCAUGCCGUUCUAUUACAUGCCUCAGGUGCAGGGCCAGAUGGAGAUAAUGGAUCGCGAUUGGGUGGAUUUGUACUGUUGGACGCCUAAUGGGAGCACCAUAUUGCAUGUGUGCAGGGAUCGUGGUUAUUGGGAGCUAAUUCACGGGAUUUUACGAGAGUUUUGGUGGGAGAACGUAGUGCCCGCCAGGGAAGCUCUGUUGAUGGGAAAGGAAGAGGAGGCCAAUUCAUAUAAGCCUGCAUCGACACACCGACAGACAGGACUCGCGAUCGUCAAGAGCUUGAAACUGGCUAGCGAGGCGAAAUUGUCAUGUAGAGAGAUUGCAGGUCAUGUUGAGUUUUUCAGGUGAUCAAGUUUUGAAAUGCUGAGCAUGACUAUGUGGUUCCUUUCCCCAUUUUAGUGGAAUCACAUUCCUGUGCUACAUUAUUCUUUAUAGGAUUAUCAACAUGGUAUGAUUGAUCAUAGAAGUCUGGUAGGCCAGCCGACCCGCAGCCACCAGUUGUUUGUCGAAAUGUACGAAUUAAAAUUGUGUUAUGGCCGUUCAUCUCA